AUUCUUCUAUUCACUGCAUUCACCUUUCUGAAGAGCAAUUGGGUCUUUUUUUUUCAUUCAUAUUAUUUUAUAAUAGCCGAGAACACAGGCCAUGUCUUUUGCAGUCCACUCAUCACGAACAAUAUCACGCAGCAUCUGCCGCAGCCUGCAAUACCCAGUCCUCGAUUUUCUUGCCCCAUGUACAUCCACUUGCGCACCACGCCAGACACUGCGAUUCUCUAGCACAGCAUCCACGCCACCCUCGCCACAAACAACAAGAGAUGGCAAACCAAUACGGCCGCUUACACCAGAGCAGCGGGAAUUUCUCUCUUCGGCAUUGCGAGUGAACCAAACGGGUGAGCUUGCUGCCAUCCUCAUCUAUGCCGCCCAGUCACCCGUCAUCACACGGUCACAUCCCCACUUGCGCCCGCUCAUGAAGCACAUGUACGACCAGGAAGCAGGGCACUACAAAUACUUCAACGACGUCAUCUCCAAGCACCGCAUACGCCCGACAGCCAUGACUCCCAUCUGGACAGCGGCAGCAAGUAUCCUGGGCUGGUCGACGGCCGUCAUGGGUCGCGAGGCAGCCAUGGCGUGUACAGAGGCUGUCGAGACGGAGAUUGGGACGCACUACAACGAGCAGGUACGGGUGCUGCUGGACUGGGCUAAGAAGUGUGAGAAGAGGGGAGAGAGCUUAGGCCCCGAGUUGGACAAGUUGGUAGUUGAGUUGAGGCGGAUAAGAGAUGAGGAACUGGAGCAUUUGGACCACGCCGUUGAGAACGACGCCAAGAAUGCAAAGCCAUACGAACUUCUGACCGAGGUCAUAAGGGGUGGGUGUAGAGGCGCCAUUUGGGUGAGUGAGCGAGUGUAAUGUGAUCCUUUUAGACAUGACAUGAAAAGACAAUGGCGCUGGAUCUGAACUAGGUUUCUCUGUUUCAUGACUGUAUAUUACACACUUGCAUCACUCCACUUAUCUUACUCUGAAACAUAGCUCAUUGUAUAGGUUCACUUCGCAACGGGGUCUAAUUUUUUUGGUAAUCAAGUAUGUACAGCGGUUGUAGACCAGAAUGACUACCAUGAUCUGGAACACCAUGAUACUGUACCUCAUUCCAGAAAAUGCUUAUUUGGAAAGCAACUUAACAAUGGAAGCUGCUGUGGCGUUGUUGAUUGAAAAAGUAGGAUGCAGCUCGUUGAGCCAUAGGUACUCG